CUCAAAGACCCUCGCAGCCUGGUGCUGCGGGCGGACGAGUCGCCCUAUCGCUUCCAGACCCCCUAUUUCUGGACCACGACAAAGUGGCCGGCCACGGAGUUAGACUACGCUAUUUACCUGGCCAAGAAGAACAUCCGCAAGCAGGGUGACCUGAUCGAGCACGAGAAGGACAACUACAACCUCCUGCACAAGCGGAUCAACCACACGUGGGACUUCGUGGUGAUGCAGGCGCGAGAGCAGCUCCGGGCAGCCAAGCAGCGGCGGAAGGGCGACCGCAUCGUCAUCGACUGCCAGGAACAGGCAUACUGGCUCGUCAACCGGCCCCCCGGGAGGACGGGGCCAGGAGCCCCCAAUGUGCUGGAGCAGGGCCCCGAGCGCAGGAACUGCCACACCACGCGUGUCCAGCUGACCAAGAACAUGGAUUACUACAAGAGGGAGAUCGAGUACUGCAGGAAGGCCAUGGCCAGGACCAGGGGGAAGUCCUCCAUCUGCCUCGAGGGGUACCUCAAGUUCAACGAGCAGUAUGUGCCCCAUGAUCCCAUCAUGUCUGGCUGCCUGCCCAGCAACCCCUGGAUCACGGACGACACCACAUACUGGGCCAUGAACGCCCCCACGGUGACAACCCCCACGAAGCUGCGCGUGGAGCGCUGGGGCUUCAACUUCAGUGAGCUCAUCAACGACCCCCUGGGCCGGGCACAGCUCCUGGAAUUCCUCAAGAAAGAGUUCAGUGCUGAGAACCUGAGCUUCUGGGAGGCGUGUGAGGAGCUGCGCUACGGGGAGCAGUCCCGCAUCAGCGAGAUUGUGGACUCCAUCUAUCAGCAGUUCCUGGCCCCUGGGGCCACGCGCUGGGUGAACAUUGACAGUAAGACGAUGGAGAGGACACUGGAGGGCAUCAAGACUCCUCACCGCUACGUGAUGGAUGAUGCCCAGAUGCACAUCUACAUGCUGAUGAAGAAGGACUCCUACCCACGGUUCCUCAAGUCAGACCUCUACAAGAACCUCCUGGCCGAGGCCGUCAUCCCCCCGGAGACCAAGAAGCGGGUCUUCCCCUUCAUGCGCAAACAGAGGCACUCCAGCCCCAGCCCAGCCCUGCUCCUGCCCACGGGCGAUGCCGAGGAGAGGAACAGAAGCCCUUCAACAGCCCCUGUCCCCGAGGAGGAGAGCUGA